ACAACAACAGUUCCACAUAUCGUACUUGUUUCCAGGGGGGGAACAUAUUGAGACGGAAUGAUUUCCGGUAGCAAAUCGCUGGCACUUUGCUUAUGGUCGUGACACUUGUGUUCAAACAAACGAGUCACAACAAUGAUACCAGCCGAGUUUGUCUUCAGCUCAACUCUGCUCUGGUGAACUGUCGCUUCCUCCAACACGCGCUUGUCGAUGGGUGCGUUUUACUGUGCGGUGUGUCGGCAAACGACGUUCGGCGGGAAGGGACACAUCUUCGGGAAGAGCCACCAGAGCCGACUCAGAGUGGUUCUCCUCAAAUUCCUGGAGAAAGUGAAGGAAGCUCGCCGAACACUUAAAAAGCCCCAAGUAGAGAAGUUUGAUUGCACCCGGCACAAGCAGAAAUUUUGGUGCUACUGCUGUGGGCUCGAGGUGGACCGAAAUGUUACAGACGGCAACAUCGCUGUGCUUUACGGAAGCUUGUUAGAGCACAUGGCCACCCCCGAGCACAGGAAGAAUACACACAAGUUCUGGUGGGAAAAUAAGGCCGACCCCAAGCUUCGAGACAAGGUCAUCGUCACAGAGGAGGAAACUGAAAGGUUUAAAGCUGAGCUGGCAAAUGUGCUGGAAACAUUUGUGGAGAAGGAGGAUGAAUUCAUUAAACAGGAAGCUGAUUGUAUCCGGUUCCAGGAGAAACAUCGCCAAGAGGUCCUUCAGUCUCUUUUAGAGCGUGACGCAGAGGCGGAGUUGUUCAAUGGUCCCAAUGGCACAGACAUGUCUGCGGAGGAUCCUGUCAGCUCGCAAUUUAAGUAUCAGGGAUCAGACCAGCAGCCGGGCAGCAGCUUUGUCGAGUCAGUGGUCGGAGUACGACGGGCUGCAACAGCACAAGGCCUGACAUUCAUUGGCUAUCAGGAUUCGUCAAACGGUGGAAACGUUCAUACAGGCGCUGUCCCUCCUUGGCUCCAGGACGAUCCUCUGGAGGGGCCCUCUGGGGUUGCAGCACAUCCAGAGAUCGGCCCGUCGCUCCCUGAGUUCCUAAAACAGAAGGAGCAAGCGAAGCUGAAGAAGCUUCCACCGAACAGAGUAGGAGCCAACUUUGAUCACACCUCGCAAACAGAUGCCAACUGGCUUCCUUCCUUUGGUCGAGUGUGGAACAGCGGCCGACGCUGGCAGUCCAGGCACCAAUUCAGACAAGAGGAAGGGCAGAAGAGCAAACAUAAGAGGAAGCGGGAGCACUACUCGGACGGGUCAAAGAAGGCAAAAGCAACUGAACAGCUGACAAACUCUGACAGCACUUAGAAACUGAGUUUGCUGUAUGAGAAUUCAUGUAUAUAUAGUUUGCAAGAUGUGAAUGAAUGAGAUUUUAUAGGCUGGUGGUACCUGGUUGAAAAGGUACACUCGUGUUCCACCAAGUCUCUGACUCUGAUCUACUAGUUACUUUACAAAGCUGUCGGUGAGCUGAGGACACGGUUCUGUCAAGUGAACAGCAGGGGGCGCAUGACACUCGACUAACAAAGGCACCUUCUGUAUGUUAACAGAGGAGUUGACAUGAAGGGAAUCUGUUGAAGCCAACAUUAAGAUAACGUGAUUAAAAACCUUAAACUGUAUUAUCCGCUUUUAAGGAUACAUAUGGUAAAAGAUAAAAAGAAAACAUCAGAUAUUUGAUAAAGGCAGUUUUAAUUUUGUAGCUGAGUAUUUUUUUCCCGUUUCUCAGAUUUUGACCUAUCAGUUUUGUUUUAUAAACAACCCUGAACAGUAAUAGGCAACACAUUAUGGCAGCAGCAUCAGAGUUUCUCUACAAUAAAAACUUGAGCACCAAG